UCGAAAUUACGCCGGCAUAUAACAAUUUUACAUCAAUAUAACAUUCUCAGAAAAUGGUAGCAAAACAAAGGAUCCGUAUGGCAAACGAAAAGCACAGCAAAAACAUCACGCAGAGAGGCAACGUUGCAAAGACCCUGCGACCUCAGGAAGAGAAGUACCCCGUGGGGCCGUGGCUCCUGGCUCUGUUCGUCUUCGUCGUCUGUGGAUCUGCCAUCUUUCAGAUCAUCCAGAGCAUCAGGAUGGGAAUGUGAUCCAGAGGUCCCACAGACUCUCCCCUCUCUCCCCACACCCGCUCAUCAGACCUGAGGCUGCUCGCCACACUACAUACCUCCCUAACACCUCCAGGAGGCCUGGAGGUCCGGACAGCUCUGUGUCCAUCAGGGAAGGCCUGAGGGAUGAGUGGACCACCCCCCUUCCCCCCUCGAUUUUCUCGAUCACAUGUUUACAGAGUUCCAGGCCGUGGAGAUGAGAGCUUUUCUACUGACAGUCUAAACCACAACCAAUGGCUGGCUCAAUCUCGUACAGAGUGUUUUACACCUGCUCAUAUGUGUGAGUGUGAGACUGUGAGUGAAUGUGUAUGUGUGUGCAGUCAAUGAUGUGACUGGCUGCUGUGCAAUACUGCUGUGUUUCUAUAUACACUCACCGGACAGUUUAUUAGGUACACCACCUUGUUCACAAAAAUGGAUCGCUCCUAUUGACAGUGACCAUGGCUUGCUAUAUAAAGCAGGCAGACAGGAAUCUAGACAUUCAGUUACUGUUCAAUUGAACGUUAGAAUGCGCAAAACAAUUGACCUAAGCGACUUUAAGCGAGGUAUGAUCGUGGAUGCCAGGCGUGCCGGAUCAAGUAUUUCAAAUGGCCGCCCUCCUGGGCUUUUCUUGCAUGACAGUGUCUAGGGUUUACAGAGAAUGGUGCGACAAACAAGAAUCAUCCAGUCAGUGUUGGUGAAAACAGCUAGUUGAUGAGGGAGGUUGUAGGAGAAUGGCACAAAUUGUACAAGCUAACAGGCAGGCCACAAACAGACAAAUAAUGGCACAGUAUAACAGUGGUGUGAAGAACGGCAUCACGGAACACACAACUCCUCGAUCCUUGUCACGGAUGGGCUAUUGCAGCAGAUGACCAAACUGGGUUCCACUCCUAUCAGCUAAAAACAUUAAGAAACGUCUCCAGUGGACAUGCGAUCACCAACACUGAACAAUUGAGGAGUGGAAAAACAUUGUCUGGAACAUGACAGCGAGUUCAGUUUACUUGAGUAUCCUGCGCAGUCCCCAGACCUCAACCCAAUAGAGCAUAUUUUGGAUGAGAUGGAACGGGGUUCCGACCCAGUACUAGAUGGAAGUACUUAAUAAAUGGGCCGGUGAGUGUAUAUCUGUGUUGUGUGAGAACCUUUUUCAAAUAAAUGUGACUCAUUUGGGAUAUGUCUGUUUGUCUGCUUUCAGUUCCACUUUGGCUGCUUCGAUCCCAGCGCAUGUUGUGCAGAUUCAGCUUGCUAAUAGUGUGGUUCAUUUGGGGCUUCCUGGUGUGUAUGUGUGUGUACAUGCAUAUGUGAGUGUUAUAUAACUUAGCACUAAAGAACCACGGCUUCAUGGAAUGUUAGGUGUCUUAAUGUUUAAAUUCCAGGUGCUAAACCGUCACGACUAUUUACCAGGAUUCUGUCUCCAACAUACCUGUAUGACACCAGGAUUAUGUCAUGUCCUUUCUCCAACAUACCUGUAUGACACCAGGGUUAUGUCAUGUCCUUUCUCCAACAUACCUGUAUGACACCAGGGUUAUGUCAUGUCCUUUCUCCAACAUACCUGUAUGACACCAGGGUUAUGUCAUGUCCUUUCUCCAACAUACCUGUAUGACACCAGGGUUAUGUCAUGUCCUUUCUCCAACAUACCUGUAUGACACCAGGGUUAUGUCAUGUCCUUUCUCCAACAUACCUGUAUGACACCAGGGUUAUGUCAUGUCCUUUCUCCAACAUACCUGUAUGACACCAGGGUUAUGUCAUGUCCUUUCUCCAACAUACCUGUAUGACACCAGGGUUAUGUCAUGUCCUUUCUCCAACAUAUCUGUAUGACACCAGGGUUAUGUCAUGUCCUUUCUCCAACAUACCUGUAUGACACCAGGGUUAUGUCAUGUCCUUUCUCCAACAUGCCUGUAUGACACCAGGGUUAUGUCAUGUCCUUUCUCCAACAUACCCGUAUGACACCAGGGUUACGUCUUCUUACUCAGCCUCUCAAACUUAUGUCUCCCGAAACCAUCCUUCUUCAAGGCAGAUGGCAGCUUAUCGUCAUUUGAACGGAAUGCUGUUCACACAUUUAUCCAGUGUGGUGAGUUGUGGAGUUAUACAAUCACUGUUUGUUCACUUGAAGUAAUGGGCCAGAGCAAGGUGCUGUUCCUGUUCAAUUGGAGUGAUUUGUGGACCAUGUAAUCUAUGCAGCUGUUAAGGCCGACCCUGGAGAAAAGCAGAGAAAAAGCUUAACCUACAGCUUGCGGUAUACAGGCAGUGCUCUGUUGCUCUGUUUCAUAUGUUCUCUUUUCAGUGUACAGUAGGAUGAUGUGGCCCUAGACACUAAACUAAGGUUAGUUUUACAUUUCCCCUCCAUAAUGGUUAAGGUUGAGACUAAGGUUAAACUGCUGCCUACUUCUGCUGAUAGCCCUGGCACAGCAGUGUUGAAGUAUGGUAGAGUAUGAGGACAGUGAGAGACUCUGCUAUAAGUAAUCAGCAGGCACACAGGUCGGAUUGUUACAACAGUAACCCACAGCUGAACACCAUGAGGUCAAUACUCGGCCUGGCAUUUAUUUUAAUUUGACCUUUAAAAGUCAGUUAAUAAGAACAAAUUCUUAUUUUCAAUGACGGCCUA